GAAAAUAAGCAUUUGGUCGUAAUGAAUCAACCUAGAAGUCAGCUUACGAACCAACCUACGAACCAAUCUAUGAAUCAAUAUAUUAAUCAACAUAUAAAUCAAUCUAUAAACACUAAUAUUCCUGUAAAUUUAUCUUUUGAUAAACUUUCUGCUCAACAAAAAUAUAAAGUUUUAACCACGGGUACAGAUCCGUUUAUUAAAACGCAAAAAAUAGAAAAUCAGACAGUUCAACUUUCAGAAUUUAUUUUUUUAGGAACUUCCUUUCAAUAA